AUGAAUCAGCAGUGCAAAGUUUGUGGCGAACCUGCAGCCGGUUUUCAUUUCGGUGCCUUCACUUGCGAAGGUUGCAAGUCAUUUUUCGGCCGAUCGUACAACAAUCUGUCCUCGAUCUCGGAGUGUAAAAACAACGGCGAAUGCAUCAUCAACAAGAAGAACCGAACCGCCUGCAAGGCGUGCCGAUUGCGCAAAUGCCUUAUGGUAGGAAUGUCGAAGAGUGGUUCACGAUACGGGCGUCGAUCGAACUGGUUCAAGAUUCACUGUUUGCUGCAGGAGCAGCAGCAGGCCGCUCAGCAGCAAGGAAACCACCAGAAACCCUCGCAACCAGUAGGCAUCCAUCCGGGAAUGUUUCAUGGAGGUUAUCCGCACGGGAUGUAUCCGCGCCCUCCAUGCACCAAGGAGGAGCUGAUGCUACUCGGGCUGGAAGAGUACAGCAAACAUCCGUCAGCAUCACCAUCCGUCAGCUCGCCGGACAGCCACAACUCUGACAGUUCCAACGAGAUCAAUGAUCGGAGAAAUGCGUUGCUACGGCAGGGCAAGCUUCACGACUCGCCGAUCAACAAGGAUCUCUUCCUUCCGCUUCCGUUCGGAGGGCUACCACUCAUGCCUCCGCCCGGCUUCUUGCCCUCGUCGCACCUUAUGUUUCCGGGUUUCCAUCCGGCCCUAUACUCUCAUCCUCAGGCCGGUCUGUUGAAGCCAGCGGACACGCACCUUACGCUUCCAAGCUCUCCUCUGGCCAACAACAACAGCCGCUUUACGCCAAAUCAUAACACCGAUCAGAGCAUGCAUCCUGCCUCCGUGCCCGUCCGCGAUAACGGUAAAUCGCCCGACUCCUUCUCCAAGCGAUACAUUCUCGAUCAGGUGCUUGAAUCGCAGCGCUGUCCAAGCAAUGGCACGACGGGAAGCGAUAAGGAUGAUCCCGAACCGGAAGAAGUAAUGCCCGCAACAAUGACUCCCCCGCGAUCUCCUGUCGUGUCCGUUACGCAGCCGACCCCGAUAGUUCGGCAAUCACAAACUCCUUCAAGCCAUCACCACAAUCAACAAGACAAUCCCAUCGAUUUGAGCAUGAAAACGGGUAGCAGUUGCACAUCGGCGGAUGAGCGCAGAUCUUCGCUGUCCGGUGCAGAAUCGAAUGGAUCGGACGAUGAAGCUAAUGGCGAUAGCCGACCACCUUCCGGCAUGGACAAGUACAAAUGUACCGUCGCAGCCACGUCAGCUGCCGCUGUUGCCAAAAAUGCUUCUGCCACCAACAACAACAACAACAGUCUCAGCAACAACCAAAAUCACCAUCAAGGCGCCGCUCUUCGCCACUCGCCACGUCCGUCGUCCCUGUCGCCAUCGUUACCGGCACAACACAACCACCGGGCAUCUCCGAUACGGUCUGAGUCUCCGCGGCACUUGCAACAUCAUUACCAGCAUCACCACCAUCAUCAUCAGCAUCUUCAGCAGCACCACCAGCAACAUCGUCAACGCCACGUUCUUCACGGUGGGAGUGGUAGCGAGUCGGAGCUCGAACCAGAGGAAACCGAGUACGAUCGUGAGGUGAAGCGAAUGAAACUACAAGGUACCACACCAUUGGACCUUACCACCAAGGUUUAG